GAUUACCAACUUCCGGUGUAAAGGCAUCCGACUGUAUGGGUAAACAUCUUAGACCUUUCAAAGAACAUGGCCUGAACAUCCAACACCGACACUUCAGACCUUUUGCUUUGGAUAAUUUCGAUGCCGAACCCACGUCUGCCCAGAUGUUAAAUUCGGAGGGCAGUCUUAUAAUACGAAUUAACUAUGAGGAUGGGAAUCAACCGACUGUUUAUGAUGGACCUUUGGCGGAACACGGGAAUUAUACUCUUGAGCAAAUUUUCUGGUUUUGGUUCGAAAAAAGCGAUCCCAAAUACGAUUUAGGAGACAUCAAAUUUCCAGCCGAAUUGCAUUUGCUGUUGUACAACACAAACUACGAAGAUAUUCGAGAAUCGAAUGGUGUCCAGAACUAUGCUCUGAUGGUAUUGACGUUUCCCUUUAAGGUUGUCUCAGAAACGGAUCUAAAAUUUUUUGACCACAUCGCCCAACAUUUGCCGCUGGUAAGAAGUUCAUUCCGAUAUGUUUAUCUUCCGACGGACACAAUUCCACUGUUGGCAGAAGUUUUAAAUAAAAACCUCAGCCAGUUCUACUCCUAUCACGGUUCAACCUGUUAUUCCAUGAAUACCAAAGAUGUUGUGUGGUUCGACUUUAUCUCCCCCAUUGAGGUGGGAGUUGAUUUUGUCCAACAAGUUGAAUAUCUAGAGCACAAGGGUGGCACGCCUUUAAUAAAGAAACUUGUAACUCAAAGACCACCACAAGGAAUUGUUUAUAAAUCAUUCGGAUCCAGAGGCGUUUCACAAAGUAGAAUUUGUGUACGAACACUGAUUUUAAACAUUGCAAUUUUAGUUAAGAUGUGGGUCUACAUGUAAAAUUUUGAAAAUAAA